CCCUCACUCUCUCCAUCGCAAAAUUCAAAAUCACUUCAAGAGUUUUCUCGUGAAGCUUAAAAAAAACCGAUCUCUUCCAAUCAAAAAUACCUAAUCGAAAUCUAUCUAGGGUUUCUAAAUCGAGAGACGAAGAAGAUUCACAAUGGGAGGUGAAGGAGAAGAUCUAGAGCCGCUUUUUGAUUAUCGUCGUGUUCAGCCAGCGAAUUUUGUUUGUAUUGAUGACGAUGAUGACGAUAAUGCCUCGGUGACGCCUAUUCCAAAGAAAGCAAAAACUUCAAAAACUGUUGACAAGUUAGAUAAUGUUGUGAAUGUAAUCGAAGUUACAGGUGAUGACGAUUGGUUGCUUCCACCGCCAAAGGUUAUCUUUGAUAAAAAUAAAGAGUCUGUUGAAGAUUCAACUAUUAAAGCACUAAGGUCGAAGAAGCUGGAGCUCAUGUCAUUCACAAAAACUGUAGCAGAUGUGAUGCAGGAAGUUGAAGAGUCUGCUAAAAGGGAAAUGGAAGCAUCACUCAAUCCUCCUUCAGAGACUGCUGAUGAGGCACCACCAGAGCCUACGAUUGACAGGCCCAAGAUUGUCAUUACAAUUCAGGACAAAGAUGAAAAGAAGCAAUACCGAGUGUUUGCGGAUGAGAAGUUUGAGCGGGUUUUCAAAAUGUACGCAGACAAAGUUAAGCUUAACCCGCAAAAUCUUGUAUUUCUAUUUGACGGUGAUAAGAUUGAUCCAUCGACCACUCCUUCUCAACUUGAGAUGGAGGAUCAUGAUAUGAUCGAAGUACACACCAAAAAAAGUUGACAAACAGGCACUAGUCAGACUUGGUGGUGAAGCUCUUAGCAGACUGAAACCACCUGGAUGAAUCUCAAUCCGGUUCAACUUUUGUAAAAUACCCAGAGCUUUGUACAUCAACAUGGAUCUCUGCUAAAUCUGGUGGUGUAUCUGUGACCUUUCUUAUUUUAUCAGAAUUUUUCUUUCUCUCUUUUCAUCGGUUGGAUAGUAGAUUCAGCAUUUUGUUUAGGAUGUACAAUAUAUAAGAUAAACUGGAACCAUUUUGAUCCCCAA